AUGCCAUCAAUUGAGAUUGAGAUUGAGAUUGAGAUUGAGAUUGAGAUUGAGAUUGAGAUUGAGAUUGAGAUUGAGAUUGAGAUUGAGAUUGAGAUUGAGAGAAACCUGGUGACAGAGACCAACCCUCAUCUGGCUACAAACACCCUUCAGGAAGUUGUAGAGACCAGCAUAAAAGCCGGCCCAGACCCUCUCUCCCUCACACACUUCUCCUCAAGCCUUCUACUCCUGUUCUGCAGACAACCAGGCACCCUCCACACCACACCCAUGGCCUGCUACAACCGCUGCACUCCCUGCGGACCCACCCCGCUGGCCAACAGCUGCAACGAGCCCUGUGCCCUGCAAUGCCAGGAUUCCCGCGUCAUCAUUAACCCUUCCCCUGUGCUGGUCACCCUGCCAGGACCCAUCAUGACCUCCUUCCCCCAGAACACCGCCGUCGGAUCCACCUCCUCUGCUGCUCUGGGCACUGAGCUCAGUGUGCAGGGACAGCCCAUCUCUGGGGGAUUUGGUGGCUUUGGUGGCUUUGGCUAUGGCCUUGGCUAUGGCCGUGGAUUCGGCUAUGGGCAGGGCUAUGGCUAUGGCCUGGGCUGCUAUGGCAGAAGGGGCUAUGGCUACAACUGCUAA